AUGGAUUGUACUAAAAACAGCAUUCUCCAAAACAUCCACGAUGAGAUGGUCAAAGGUACGUUCAAUGACCUUGACAUUGUCUGUGAGAAUGGGACAACGAGUGCAAACCGUUUGGUCCUGGCCGCGAUGUCAUCUUACUUCCGGGCAAUGUUAACAUCAGACAUGGCAGAGAAUCGGACAGGCGUCUUAAAUCUGCCCACGGUCUCGGUGUCGGUGUUCCAGGAUGUUCUCAAGAUGUCUUUGUGUUCGGUGGAUCUUGUAAACGAAGACAACUGCGUCAAAAUUUUAGAUGCAUGUGAAAUGAUGCAGCUUGAUAACGUCAAAGAUCUGUGUCAUCGUUAUCUCAAGGAAAGUCUAGAGAUCAAUGCCGACAAUUGUCUACAGUGGUGGAGGCUUAUGCAUCGCUACAAUGUUGCUGAGUUGUCCAACAGAGCAGUCUCUUAUCUGACAGAAAACUUGACUGACUUUGUUGAAAGAAAAAACAUUGUUCAUUUGUCAAAGACAGAACUUCUAGAAAUAUUGUCUAAAGAUGAUUUGAAAUGCAAAGAAGAUGUAAUUAUGAAAGGUGUUAUGAAGUGGAUUGAAAGAAAUAACCCGGAUGCAGAUGAUGUAAAACUUAUAUUUGAAAUUAUCAGAAUUGAUCUUGUUGAUGCAAAGUUCCUCAUUGCGAAUGUGGUAUUUUCUAAAUUAAUUUCAGAAAAUAACUCUGUUCAGCAAAUCAUAAAAGAUGUGAUGCUUUCAAAAGUUUCUACGCCUUCUACCAGCAGAUUUCAUAGUGUGCGUGAAAAUGAGUUUGUGUUGCACUACAACAAAACUUCACUUCUGUCUUGUUUUACAUCAGAUGGGACAUGGGAAGACGUUCCACCUUCUCCAGUAGAUCCCGGAUGGUGGCAUUCAGCAGCAAGUCUAGGUAACAAGAUCUACAUCACUGGUGGUGUGAGUAUAGGAAAAUGUGCACUCGUCUAA